UUCAGGCAGUUGCUGUGUUAACUGAAUUAAUUAGGGAAAACUUCAGGAAUAGCAAAUUAAAGCAGUGCCUUUUACCAGCACUUGGGGAGCUGAUCUAUCUUGUAGCCACCCAGGAAGAAAAAAAAAGGAACCCUAGAGAAUGCUGGGCUGUUCCCUUGGCUGCAUACACAGUGCUAAUGAGGUGCCUUCGGGAAGGGGAAGAACGUAUUGUGAAUCACAUAGCAGCAAAGAUUAUUGAAAAUGUCUGUGCCACUUUUUCUGCUCAGGCCCAGGGCUUUAUUACAGGCGAAAUUGGGCCUGUUUUAUGGUACCUAUUCAGACAUUCCACCAUUGAUUCUCUUAGGAUAACAGCAAUAUCGGCUUUAUGUAGAAUCACUCGCCAUUGUCCUACCGCCUUCCAGAAUGUUAUUGAGAAGGUGGGACUGAACUCGGUAAUAAACUCCCUGGCUUCUGCCAUCUGCAAAGUUCAGCAGUACAUGUUGACCUUAUUCGCUUCCAUGUUGUCCUGUGGGAUUCAUCUUCAAAGACUAAUCCAAGAAAAGGUUUUUGUUUCUACAAUUAUCCGUUUACUUGACAGCCCCUCAACUUCCAUUAGAGCAAAAGCCUUCUUAGUUCUUCUGUAUAUUUUGAUUUACAGCCGUGAAAUGUUGCUGCUCAGUUGUCAAGCAAGACUGGUGAUGUACAUCGAGAGAGAUAGCAGAAAGGCCUCUCCAGGCAAGGAGCAGCAAAGUGGCAAUGAAUACCUGUCCACAUGCCUGGAUCUUCUCAUCCGUCACAUUUUGCAGGAACUGCCACGCAUUUUAGGUGACAUUCUUAACGCCUUGGCUAAUGUUUCUGGUCGUAAACACCCAUCAACAGUUCAAGUGAAACAGCUGAAGAUGUGUCUCCCCCUGAUGCCCAUCGUGCUUCACCUAGUGACUUCACAGGUAUUUCGACCUCAAGUUGUAACAGAAGAGUUCCUUUUCAGUUAUGGAACUAUUCUUAGUCAUAUUAAAUCAGUAGACUCAGGAGAAACUAACAUAGAUGGAGCCAUUGGACCGACGGGAUCGGAAGAAUUUAUUAAGAUCACGUUGUCAGCUUUUGAAGCAGUAAUACAGUAUCCUAUUUUAUUGAAAGACUAUCGCUCUACGGUUAUUGAUUAUAUCCUGCCACCCUUGGUCUCCUUGGUUCAAAGCCAAAAUGUGGAGUGGAGACUCUUCAGCUUGCGGUUGCUCUCAGAAACUACAUCUUUACUUGUGAACCAGGAGAUUGGGGAUGGCGACCAGGAGAUGAAUGUCGAUUCUGAAAGCAAUCUUGUGGCUCUCAUUAGAGACACCUUACUUCCCCAGUAUGAGCACAUUCUCAUGGAGCCUGACCCAGUACCAGCGUAUGCUCUAAAACUGCUAGUUGCGAUGACUGAACACAACUCAACUUUUACCAGACUUGUAGAAGACAGCAAACUGAUCCCACUCAUCUUUGAAGUAAUUCUGGAACAUCAAGAGAACAUUCUGGGUAACACCAUGCAGAGUGUGAUUGCGUUACUCAACAACCUGGUUGCCUGCAAAGAUUCAAAUAUGAACCUACUUUAUGAACAAG